AUGUUUGCGUCGAAAAAGCGUAAAAAUCGAGGCGUACGGCGCCAACGAAGACAAGAAAGUUCAGAAGAAGACGAAUCGACGGAAAUCGUAAGAAUCGAGAAGCGGGACCGGUCGGGAUUGAACAAGCAGACGAGUAAACGCGUCUACGCUGCUAAAAGUGACGACGAAGAUGACAUGCGAGCACUUAUCAACAAAAAGUACAAAUCUACGAUGACGACUGCUCCGACGCAAGACAGACAAGAUAUCGCAACGCAGGAAGCUGCUGAUCUUGGUCCCAUUGUCGAUAUCAAAGAAAAGACGAAACGAGACGAAGAGAUUCAAAAAGAUGCGCACACGAAAGAAUCACUCGCAGUGAAAGGGCCUGUCCGAGGGAAUUCCUUCUUCCGCGCUUCCAUUCGAAUCGACCACGAUCCUUGCAUCUGUAAAGAUUACAAAGAAACGGGCUUCUGUGGAUUCGGUGACUCGUGUAAAUUCAUUCACGAUAGAGGCGACUACAAACUUGGUUGGAUGAUUGAGCGUGAACAGGAAUUGGGUAUCUACGGAAAAACGGAAGAGGAAAACUGGGAAGUAUCCUCCGACGAAGAAGAGCUUCCAUUCAAAUGCAUCAUUUGUCGAAAUCACUUCCAGAAGCCAGUGCUGACACUCUGCGAGCACUACUUUUGCGAAGCAUGCGCUCUCGCUCACUUCAAAAAGACGAAAAGAUGUUUUGUUUGCCAAAAGAACACGAAGGGUAUCUUCAACAUGGCAAAGAAUAUUGUCGCUAAAUUGCUCAAGCUCGAUAUCAAAGACGUGAAAAUGUCGCAUUGGGAGAACAGAAUUGUCGCAAAAGAAUCGGAAUCCGAAAAUUCGGACGGUGAAAACGAUGAUGACGAAGCCGGAGAAAUGGAAAUUGACAAUGAAAUACCAGAUUCGCCAGAGAAGACGCAAGAAGAGUUGAUAGAGCUCGAAAGACUACGAGAAGAAGAAAGGCUGAAGAAAGAACAGCUAGAGCGAGAUAUCAUGCUCGGAAAGGCAAUUGCUACAGAAACGCGUUUACCAGCAGAUGCGCUGAUUGAAAGUUCCUCAGAUUCUGAAGGAGAAGUUGCGCCAGGCGUGAAGAAGAAACACCUUCUCAAAACCUACGAACCAGAAGAUCUUCAAAACAAUUUUAAAAAGCAAAAGGAAAAAACUAUCAGAAAUGAGAUCGAACCGGGCUAUCAACCUCCUGUGUUUACUGACAGCUCAGAAGUGGAUAGCGACGAAGGAGUUAUUCGCGAUCCCGCGGAAUAUAAUCCAGUUUAG